CUCCUGGUAUCAGUCAAGCUUUCAACACUUUACAUUGGCCAGUUUCCUCGAGCUAGUAGUAUAGUCUUUAGUCGACAAAAAAUGGUGCCAAUCACAGGCAACGACAACGAAAUCUCCUCGCCGGAGGAGGACUGCCACCAAACGACGUCGUUGGCCUCCACCACAAUCGCGGGAAACGAUGACCUCCUGACGGAGAUCCUAGUCUGCACGCCCUUCAAGUCUCUGAUCAGAUUCAAAUCUGUGUCCAAACACUGGUUUUCUCUCAUCUCUGCCUCCCAUCUCUCUUUCAACCGCAUUCUGCGACGGAGACCCUCAGGCCUCUUCCUCCGAAAAACCCCCCUUUUCCUCUGCGACUUCAUGUCCGAAUUCGAGUUCGUUUCAUUCAGCAACAACAAUCACAAUCUCUCCGGAGCCCUCAAUUUCGCGGACGAUCCUUCAGGUAUCAAAAUCUUACAGUCUUGCAAUGGCUUGUUGCUCUGUUCAACUUUUCGAAAAAGUGUCGGAAAAACAAAUCACAAUUAUUAUAUUUACAAUCCAACCACCAAGCAAUACUCGACACUUCCCCCUCUCACUGGAACUGAAUCUACUGUUUUCGGUUAUGGUUUGGCUUUUGAUCCAUUGAAAUCUAUUCAUUAUACAGUUAUUUGCGUAAGUAGUAUGGAUGAGUAUAACGUUUUUUACAACCGUAAAUGUGAUUACUAUAUUAAUGUAUAUUCAUCGGAGACUCGGUCUUGGAGGUCAUCUGGGAGAUUUCAAACCUCAUAUUAUAUGGGGCUCACAGAUGGGGUCUUUUGUAACGGCUCAAUUCAUUGGAUUAGUCUCAGUGGGGCUUCUUUCCGCUUUGAUGUUGAUCAUGAGUAUCUUGAAACAUUGCCGAUUCCGGAUUCCCGGGGUAGGAGGAUUCCGGAUUCCGGGGGUAGGAGGAGGGAGAGGAAGUAUAGGUACUUUGGUGAGUCUAAUGGCCAUUUGCAUCUUAUAGAGAAUUAUCGGACUGUGACAACACAAUUUGAUGUUUUUGAGAUGGAGAGAGACUACUCUAAAUGGUUUGUGAAGUAUCGUGUUGAUCUUGUUGGAAUUGUAAAUGCAUUUCCAAAGAUGGAUAGGAGCCGCCGUGACAUUCGUUGUAUGAAUUAUUAUGCUUACUCAAUACUUAAUCUUGUUCGAGAAGAGGAUGAAAAUGAGUCAUCGCUGCUGUUGCACGUACCCGGUAAGGUCCUAUCUUAUAAACUUAAGGAUAAUACUUUCAAGGAGCUUCAUAAUUUGGCACCUGGAAAAUUUCACAAAAAGGGUUCGUUGCAAUUUGGAUGUUUUGAUGCUUAUUUAUACACAGAGACUCUUGCUUCAGUUUGAUUAUAUUUCUGUCAAUGUAUCACUCAAGAUAGAUAUUUAUGGCUGCCUCUGGCAUCAUUUCGUGCCAAUAAUGGUACUUUUAUCAAUGAUAUUAGAUGUAAUCCAAUUGGUAUGUCGAGAUCUUAAAUUAGCACUACGUCAUUGAAUGUAUUAUUCAAUGUUGGUGCUGGAAAUUAUUAAAUUUGUUAAACACUUGAAAAGAAAGUAAUUUCAAUCUUCAUGAUA